UAACCACCGGCUGUGAUAGAUAAAAUGGCGGUAAAUGUGUACGCUACCAGUGGAACAACGGAGAACUUGUCUAGGCACGACAUGCUCGCGUGGGUCAAUGAUUGCCUUCAGACUAGGUAUGGUAAGAUAGAAGAGAUGUGUUCUGGAGCAGCAUACUGUCAGUUCAUGGAUAUGCUUUUUCCGGGCUGUCUACAUCUUAAAAAGGUUAAGUUUAACACUAAGUUAGAACACGAGUUCAUCAGUAACUUCAAAGUGCUCCAGGCCUCUUUCAAGAAGAUGAACGUGGAUAAGAUCGUUCCCGUGGAUCGGCUCAUUAAGGCAAAGUUCCAGGACAACUUUGAGUUCCUGCAGUGGUUCAAGAAGUUCUUUGACGCAAACUACGGGGGCCAGGAGUACGACGCGUUGGAAAUGCGUGGAGGAGAGGAUGUAGGAUCUACCUCGAAACCUGCACAGAGGUCGGCGAAUAAGGUGCCAGCUACUGGAAUGUAUCUGCCUAAACCAGUUCAAGAUAAGCCAAUGGGAGGAUCUAGACCGUCUCCUUCAAGUGGAAUGCCUAAAAGAAACCUUGCACCAAGGCCGGCAGUUAAUUCAAGACCUGCCCCGCGUCCUGCAGGAGGAGGAAUGAGAUCUCAGAAUGGAGGAGGAGGAGGAGGGAUGAGUGCUGAUGCACAGCUACAGAUUGAAGAUCUCAACGCACAGUUGCUUGAACUGAAGCUGACUGUGGAGGGUCUAGAGAAGGAACGAGAUUUCUAUUUCGGAAAACUUCGAGAUGUUGAAGUUCUCUGCCAGGAAAACGAUUCCGUAGAAGGAGAGGCUGUCAGGAAGGUUGUGUUAGAUAUUCUCUACCAGACCGAAGAAGGGUUCGCAGUUCCGGACGAAGAUGAUGUUCCCCCACCCCCUGAGGAGGAGUACUAGACCCCCCCUCCCUCUUCGGCAAUAUACUGGAAUAUAUAUGUUAAAUUUCCAAUCGUGAACAAUCCUUAUGAUAAAAUAAGUUAAUACUAAGUUAAUAAAAUUGCUUGUGUUUAACUCUCUUGGCCUUCCGAACUUAUUUCAAGCAUUUCUCCGACUUGCCCCGGAACCACCCGCCGUACUCCCGCCUCCUGGACCUGGUCUAGCGGCAACAUAAUGCUGAGAUCGUUGUGAUAUAUUUUAUGUGUUUUCAACUUUUCAUAAAUGUGCCUUUACUAAUUUCUCUCCGCCUGUAUAAUCCAUGAAUCAGUUACCAAAAUACUCAACUUUCAACCACUGUAACGUCAAGAAAUGUUUGGUUAUUUAAGAUUAUUCUAUGAAAAGCUGUAUUUAUUAUAGAUAAUUUUGCUGUUUUAUAACAAAUUUUAAUCCAUUAAAAUAUUGUUUUCUAUUGUAUUUUUUGUAAUCACUUCUUGCUCGAGCAUUGACUUCCUUCCAGA